CAGAGCUUGCUGCCGGCCGAGAAAGGAGCGCAGCGGCAAGCGCGGAGAACCCCGGCGUGUGCCCCUCUGCGCUCCUUCUGCCGGUAUUUCGGUGUCUUUUUUCCCUUCCCGCGCCGCGCAGCCAGCGCUCCAGAGGGGACCGCCGCAUCGGGAGGAGCUGUUACUUUUUACAGCCGGCAUGAGGCUCCCCGAGGGAACAAGAAGACGCCGCACUAAGCAGCCGGGGAAGAACCUGCUUCUCAUCUGUUGCAGCGGAGCCCGGCGGCAGGCGCGGUUCCCCCGGCCGAAGGUGAUGGGCACCCGCUGACUCGUGGGCGCGCGUCCGAGAGUGCCUGCAUGUGUGGCAAACAUGGAGAAAAUAAAGUAAAAAACGGGGAUAGUGGAUGAGAUGGACGACAGCCAGUGAAAUAAAACAGACAGCUUCUAAAAGGAUUUAAUUUGCAAACGGGAUCGUAAAAGGUACAACUUCCAUGGGAAAACGUGACCUGUUAAAACUGCUGACGGAAGAUGCCGGCUGUCAGCGCAAACACCUAAACCAAAGACAAAGUAUUAGAAUGGCAUAAAAUAUGGCCCAGUUCUACUACAAAAGAAGCGUCAAUGCUCCCUACAGAGAUCGUAUCCCUCUCCGCAUCGUACGGGCAGAGUCUGAACUGUCUCAUUCAGAAAAAGCCUAUCUGAAUGCCGUGGAGAAAGGAGACUAUGCCAGUGUAAAGAAGGCUUUGGAGGAAGCAGAAAUUUAUUUCAAGAUCAAUAUUAACUGCAUUGAUCCCCUGGGAAGAACUGCACUCCUUAUUGCAAUUGAAAAUGAGAACCUUGAGCUCAUUGAGCUGCUCUUAAGUUUUAAUGUGUAUGUGGGAGAUGCUCUGUUGCAUGCCAUACGGAAGGAGGUAGUUGGUGCUGUGGAGCUGCUGUUAAACCACAAGAAGCCCAGUGGGGAGAAACAGGUGCCACCAGUGCUUCUGGACAAGCAGUUUUCAGAAUUUACACCAGAUAUCACACCUAUUAUUCUGGCUGCCCACACCAACAAUUACGAAAUCAUAAAGCUACUUGUGCAGAAAGGGGUUUCUGUGCCCAGGCCACACGAGGUCCGCUGUAACUGUGUUGAAUGUGUCUCAAGUUCAGAUGUGGACAGCCUCCGCCACUCUCGGUCCAGACUCAAUAUCUACAAGGCUCUGGCGAGCCCAUCGUUGAUUGCUUUAUCCAGUGAGGACCCUUUCCUUACUGCUUUUCAACUGAGCUGGGAGCUGCAGGAACUGAGUAAAGUCGAAAAUGAAUUUAAGUCAGAGUAUGAGGAACUGUCACGGCAAUGCAAGCAAUUUGCAAAAGAUCUCCUGGAUCAGACACGGAGUUCCAGGGAAUUGGAAAUUAUUCUUAAUUACAGAGAUGAUAAUAGCUUGAUAGAAGAACAAAGUGGUAAUGAUCUUGCAAGAUUGAAACUGGCAAUUAAAUACCGUCAAAAAGAGUUUGUUGCUCAGCCCAACUGCCAGCAGCUGCUCGCAUCCCGCUGGUACGACGAGUUCCCCGGAUGGCGGAGGCGACACUGGGUUGUGAAGAUGUUGACAUGUGUUGUGAUAGGACUCCUUUUUCCAAUCUUCUCUGUGUGCUACCUGAUAGCUCCUAAAAGCCCAUUAGGGCUGUUCAUCAGAAAGCCAUUUAUCAAAUUUAUCUGCCAUACUGCAUCCUACUUGACUUUUCUGUUCCUGCUGUUGCUUGCCUCUCAGCACAUCGACAGGUCAGACCUGAGCAUGCAGGGACCGCCACCAACUAUCGUCGAGUGGAUGAUAUUACCGUGGGUCCUGGGUUUUAUCUGGGGUGAAAUUAAACAGAUGUGGGAUGGUGGACUACAGGACUACAUUCAUGAUUGGUGGAACCUCAUGGAUUUUGUAAUGAACUCCUUGUACUUAGCAACAAUCUCUUUGAAAAUUGUUGCAUUUUCAAAGUAUAGUGGGUUAGUUCCACGGGAGAGCUGGGACAUGUGGCAUCCAACCCUGGUGGCUGAGGCCCUGUUUGCAAUCGCAAACAUCUUUAGCUCCCUGCGCUUGAUCUCGUUAUUCACUGCAAAUUCUCACCUGGGACCUCUGCAGAUAUCUCUAGGAAGAAUGUUGCUGGACAUUUUGAAGUUUCUCUUCAUAUACUGCCUUGUGCUGCUAGCUUUUGCAAAUGGAUUGAACCAGCUGUACUUUUACUAUGAGACAAAUGAACCUGGCAACUGCAAAGGAAUACGAUGUGAAAAGCAGAAUAAUGCAUUUUCAACAUUAUUUGAAACGCUGCAGUCAUUAUUCUGGUCUAUAUUUGGACUCAUCAAUCUCUAUGUGACCAAUGUGAAAGCAAGGCAUGAAUUUACUGAAUUUGUUGGGGCCACUAUGUUUGGUACCUAUAAUGUAAUAUCUCUGGUUGUUCUACUCAACAUGCUAAUAGCCAUGAUGAAUAAUUCUUACCAACUUAUUGCUGAUCAUGCAGACAUUGAGUGGAAGUUUGCUCGAACAAAGCUCUGGAUGAGUUACUUUGAAGAAGGAGGAACUCUGCCCACUCCUUUUAAUGUCAUACCAAGCCCAAAGUCUCUGUGGUAUCUGAUCAAAUGGUUAUGGAGACACCUUUGCAAGAAAAAAAUUAGAAGAAAGCCUGAAAGUUUUGGAACAAUAGGGAGACGUGCAGCUGACAAUCUGAGAAGACAUCAUCAAUACCAGGAAGUUAUGAGAAAUCUGGUUAAGAGGUAUGUUGCAGCAAUGAUAAGAGAUGCCAAAACUGAAGAAGGAUUGACAGAAGAAAAUUUUAAGGAGUUAAAACAAGAUAUUUCCAGCUUUCGCUUUGAAGUCCUGGGUUUGUUGAAAGGAAGCAAGCUGUCUAAUUUGCAGACUGCAAAGAUGAACAAAGACGCUGCCUCUCUGUCAGAAAAUGAAGAAAAUAGUGAGAGUGAAGGAAACAAGAAAGGAAAGAAAAAACCCUUCAGCCUUUUUGACAUAACAACGAUGAUUCACCCACGAUCAGCCAAUAUUGCCUCUGAAGGGCAUAAUGUAAGCAAUGGCUCAGCAAUGAUGGUGUCAGAGUCCACUCAGGAGAAACAAAAGCGUGUGAAUUUUGUAACAGACAUAAAAAAUUUUGGGUUGUUUCACAGACGAUCAAAAACAAACUCUGUGGAGCAGAGUACAAAUAAAAUAUACACUGUUUCUGAAGAGGUUUCCCGUCAACAGGCAGAAGAACAAUGUGAGAAAACUGAUGAACUGGAACAGGGAGAGUUGACCAUGAACUGUGAAUUAAAUAUCCAAAAUCCUGACAAAAAAUGUAUGUUAGCUGAUUCACAAAAUAACAGCAACUCUUUGGAUUCACAGGAAGAGGGAAAUAUUUGUAUUUUAGAAACAGAGAAAAUGGAGUUACAGAACUCAGAACCUGCCACACCGCAGGAUCAGCUGGACAAAGCAUUAGAUAUUAGCAUUGACUCUGCUGGAAAACAGGAAACAAUUAUUCAGGGUGACUAUGUGAUAACAAGGUUGUGAUGCUUACAGGAGGAAGCAUUUACAAAUAUAUAUAUUUUGCAUAGUGCUUUUGGGGAGGGGGGAAUGUUUUAAGAAUUAUAUUAGCAAAUGCAGAAUUACACUUUAUAGUACUCAACUGUGGCACCUGAUCUUGUAACAUAAUAGUCAAAAGAAAGAUAAUAUGAGGACCUUCUGUUUUGUAGCCUGCUUUAGCUUUCACGAUUUGUUUUACAUUUUUUAAUAAAUGGAAGCAUCUUGUAUUCUUGUACUGUUGCAAUAACCCACAGAAACUUUUUAGCUAUCUUUUUCAAUUACAACAAAUGCAAUUUCUCUCAUAUGAUAGUUGACUCCUAUGAUAAAUAUUUUUCUAUGCAAAUAAAAAGUAGCUUAAGA